AUGAAGUCUGUUACGGUAGAAAGUUAUGAGGGAGUCGUUAAAGAUGAGGCUGCUACAGACAAUUUCGAGGUGUUCAAGAAGGAGGAGGGAGCCGUCGAUUUUCGAACGGUCUCGUGGAUUCACGCAGCAAUGAUAUUCACAAAAAUGAUCUUCGCAACCGGUGUCUUGAGCAUUCCGUCUGCUUUGUAUACUCUUGGCGCAGCUCCCGGGGCCAUUUGUAUCAUAGGAUUUGUGUCCUUGAAUUCCUACUGUGGGUUCUUACUGGGCGAGUUUCGGAAUAUUCAUCCUGGAUGCCAUAGCGUUGCAGACAUGGCUCAGCUCAUCGGCGGUAAAGUUCUCAGAGAGAUCAUCGGCGGUAUCUUCCUCCUGUCGUUCGUCGUCUCCGCUGCCACUGGAGUCUUGGGCGUGUCCGUCGCACUGAACGCACUUUCGAACCAUGCUAUCUGUACCAACUACUUUUUGGUCGUUGCAACAAUUGCUAUCGCAGCCGCUGCGAGUGUGCGCAAGUUCGAAAAGUUUGCCUGGCUUACCUGGGCCGGAUUCUUCUCCAUAUUUAUUGCGAUCUUCAUCGUUGUUGUUGGAGUGACGACUCUGGACCGCCCUGCAGCUGCACCACAGACAGGAGACUUCGAGUUGGGGUAUCAUGCCAUCGCACAUCCUACCUUCGCUGCCGGCAUUACCGCAGCGGCUACGAUCUUCGGUACCAGCGCAGCGCCACCUGCAUUCCUUCCGGUCAUUUCAGAAAUGAAGCGACCUAAGGACUUCAACAAGGCUUUGUUGGUAUGCAUGAUCUUUGUCGUCUCCUCAUACCUAGCUUUUAGCCUGGUCGUAUAUCGGUGGUGCGGUCAAUGGGUUGCGUCGCCGUCUCUGGGCAGUGCCGGCCCUGUCCUGAAAAAGGUGGCUUUCGGUGUCGGUUUGUUCGGACUUUUAAUCAGUGCGGCGCUGUACGUCCACGUUGCUGCGAAGUAUAUAUUCGUUCGAAUUCUUCGCAACACAGACCAUCUACAGAGGAACACCUUUGUUCACUGGGGGGUGUGGAUGGGCUGUACGCUGGGGCUCUCCAUCAUUAGCUUCCUGAUCGCCUCGGGUAUCCCAAUCUUCGACUACAUUGUCGGUCUUGCGGGCAGCUUGUGCUUUGCGCCCUUGGCAACGGGUUUCCCGGCGAUGCUUUGGCUUUACGACUAUGGCGAUUAUCGAAAGGGCACCAUCAUCCACAAGGCGCAAUUUGGAGUGCACAUCUUGAUGGCGGCAUUUGCUCUAUUCCUGACUAUCGGCGGCACGUAUGGAGUCGUCCAGCAGAUCAUACUCGCGUAUGAAACUGGCAAGAUCAGUUCGGCAUUCCCUUGCGCUGACAACAGCAACUCUUCUUGA